GCACCAAAAACCAGAGGGAGCAAAAACCAAACCAAAAGGGUGGGAAAAAGAAAAAUGGCGGUGACACUCGGCCACGCCGCCGCCGCUGUGGCGCUCCUCGCCGUCGCGGCCGUCUGCGCCGACGGCGCCUCCACGUUCUACUCCUCGGACCCCAACCUCGGAUCCGCCCGCGUCGUCUUCCAGACAAAUUAUGGUGAUAUUGAGUUUGGCUUCUUUCCUCAUGUUGCGCCUAAGACUGUUGAGCACAUCUUCAAACUUGUGCGGCUUGGCUGCUACAACACAAAUCAUAUCUUCAGGGUCGACAAGGGAUUUGUGGCACAAGUUGCUGCUGUUGUGGGAGGUAGAACCGCCCCAAUGAAUGCGGUGCAGAAAAGAGAAGCAGAGAAAACAAUUGUCGGUGAAUUUAGUAGUGUCAAGCAUGUGAGGGGAAUACUAUCCAUGGGAAGGCACUCGGAUCCAGAUAGCGGCGGUUCAUCCUUUUCUUUCCUUCUUGGCGAUGCUCCACACCUUGAUGGGCAGUAUGCUGUAUUUGGGAGGGUCACUAAAGGUGAUGAUACAUUGAGAAAGCUAGAGAGGCUUCCAACCCGCAGAGAAGGCAUUUUUGUGAUGCCAAUCGAGCGAAUCGACAUCCUAUCAACAUACUAUUAUGAUAUUGAUAUAGAGAGCUGUGAAGCGGAAAAAUCUAUUCUUAGGAGGAGACUUUCUGAAUCAGCAUCAGAAGUUGAGCGAUGGAGAAGAAAAUGCUUUGCUUGAUGCUGGAGUGAGGUCAGUUGGCCAAUACCUCAAUUAGAAAUUAUCUCAUCUGAAUCAGACCAGAAAUAGUUGCUGACAAUUUCAAGCUUUAGCGGCAGCCUUCUCUGAAAAUUUUGAUACAAACUGCCUGCCCAUGUAAUUUCUGUCUUUGCUGUAACACAGGGCUCAUCCCUUCUCCAGGGGCUGAUGGCCGAGGCAGAAUUCGGUCCGAAUGGAAAGUAAAUUCCCUGGAUGUGCAUGUUGUAUUCCUUUAUACUCAAAAAGUUUUACAUGAGUCAAUGACAUAGCUGUAAUGCUAAAUAUAUAGAAACGUGGAUAGGAUAUUCAUGUGCAUCUUAUUGUUUGCUGCACUAUGUAUCAUCAUGUACAAGUUGUGACGAAGUUUCAGUUCAUCUCUCUUGUUCUUUUUUUAGCUUGGUUUUGCUAAUUAAACAAUGUAUGAUACCGCAACCUAAACUGUACUUGUGAAACGUGCGUCUCAGAGAAGACGAAAUGACUGUCCCC